AUGUCGCGCAACCCUCGAAGGACUCCGGUGACUCGACCGUCCUCUGAGGCCCUUGGCCUUAAGACUAACAUGGUCCUCCGCAAGGGAGCCACCUUCCACUCCCCUACCACUUCGACUUCAACCCCGGAGUUGGAUAUUACCGACUUCAGACCUCCCCGAUUGCCGCAACGCUCUCAAACGAACCUUGACGAUGUCAUCGACGCUAAUCGUCGCCGUGCUGCUCUGACUCUCGGCAACAUCGACAACGUCCUCGCCCCUUCUAUCGAGACCUCGUUGGCGUCGUCCCUAAGGCAACUCCGCGACGACAGCCUACCUAUCCCCCGAGGAAUCCUCGACCACACCCUCGAUUCAAGCUUCAUGUCGAAGGAACCAGCAGUUGACCGGCGCGUCUUGCGCCCUCGCCCCAACCGCUGUCACGAUUCCGACAGCGGCCUCGGCACCUCGAUUGCCUCCACCAACGAGAAGCGCGCCGGCUCUUCUCUCAAAAAGGAGAAGUCGACCUUUAAGACUUCUGCUAUUACUAGGUCUGCAGCUGCUCUCUCCACAUCGGCGAACGCUCAAGCACUCAGUGCCCGGUCCAUCAACCGCAUCUACGAGCAUGCUCUGAAACCGAUACUGGCAAAGCGAAAAUACAAAGACUUCCAUCCCCUCAUUCUGGAAUGCCCCAAGAGAAUCCAGAAGGAGGAUAUCGUCUGCCUUCGAGACGUCGAGAAGACACUCCUCCUCCUUGCUCCGGUAAGUAAACCUGUCGCGAAUGAUCAAAGUUCUAGGGUAGAAGCUUAUCGCGCUUUCGGUUUAAAGGCGAGAACCGCAGAUAUCGGACUGUACCUCGAUUUCAGCCUGUUCACUGUUCGAUGCAUUCAAACAACCGUUGAACACCUGCCCGAUCGCGAGCUAACUCGGCCCCGCGACACUCCCUACACUGGCGGCUAUUUUAUCGACCUUGUUGACCAGAUCCGCCACUACGCCCAACAACUUGCUGACGCCAAGGAGAAGGGGACUCGAGGGGACGACCAGAUGGAUGUCGACCAGAGCGACGAAAUCAAGCUGCAUGGUGGUAUCCACAUCAACGGCUGCCCAGCUGAACUUGUCCGCGUGAAGAAGAACGGCACGGCCGUCUCCAUCGCCACCGGCGAACCUGUCGAUGUCGUUGAGGAGCAUUCCAAGGGCGCUGUGAGAAUCAAGCGCUCGUUGAGCGAGCAGCUUGAUGACGAAGAAGAAAUCCAGCGAUCCAUGGCACGCCGGAAGAAGAAUGCGAGCCCCGAAGAGCUGGCCCCCAAGAGGUGUCGUGAGCCUGGCUGCAACAAAGAGUUCAAGCGUCCGUGCGAUUUGACCAAGCACGAGAAGACCCACUCUCGGCCCUGGAAGUGCCCCGUCCCGACUUGCAAGUAUCACGAGUAUGGGUGGCCAACCGAGAAGGAGAUGGAUCGCCACCGCAAUGACAAGCACUCGGCCAACCCACCCAUGUACGAGUGCCUGUACAAGCCUUGCUCGUACAAGUCGAAGCGUGACUCCAACCGCAAGCAGCACAUGGAGAAGGCCCAUGGCUGGAACUACGUGCGGACCAAGUCCAACAAUAACAACAAGUCGUCCCUACCAAGCGUGCAGGGAAGCACCGCCGAGCCAACCCCCCAGCUUCAGAACAUCGCAACCCCGUCGAGUGACCAUAGCGUGGGGGUCGCAACUCCCACUGAUGACCAGCUUGGCCACAUCUUCAGCAACAGCAACAACAAUCUUAACUUCCCCACGUACCUACCUCAUGAUACCGAUUUCGACAUGAUCCCGCAAGAUCUCAAGCUCGACUACUCUCCUGCCGACAAUGGCACACCUUCGACUGACUCUGGGCUGGACUUCAACUCUACGUACCAGGACAUUGGGAAUGACUUCACUCUCUACGAGGACAUCUACACUGCCCAUGUCCGAGUUCCCGCUCCGAUGCAUGACGUUUUCCAGAAGGAGUUUCCUCAGCAUUUUACUAGCUUCACCGCUGCUGAGAUGCGCCCGCCGCAACCUGCUUCUCAUAUCUCGCCCAUCGGGCAGGGCAAUGCCAUGCUAUUUACGCCCUCCUCCCUGGCCGAGAUCGACGAAGGUUUCGACGAGCACCAAGACUUCUGUGGCACAGGGAAGGGCUACAAUGGUGAUGAUUUUGUCCUGUUUCCGGACAACAAUACCUCGAAGCCCGUGUUCAACAACCCACUCCUCUUCGGCGAGAUUCCGAGCCUGGCUGCCGGCUUCUCCCAACCAAACUCGCAGGAUUUGCUGGACGCCUUGAUGAUGGAUUGUCAUUGGACGAAUGAUUACAAGAACUUCACCCAACAUUAG